AUGUCUGAAAUCGGAUUCAGCAACUUAACCUGGGAACAAGUUUUAACACUGCACAAGAUUUUAGAUGAAGUAGUUCCAAUUCAUGGAAGGGGUAAUUUCCCCACAAUGGAGGUAAAACCAAAAGAUAUCAUUCAUAUUGUAAAAAAUCAACUGAUAGAGCAAGGCAUUACUGUCAAAGAUACUAGAUUGAAUGGUUCUACAGCAAGUUACAUACUUGCAAGCCACAAUGGAAUCAGCUAUAAGGAUCUGGAUGUUAUUUUUGGUGUUGAAUUACGAAGUGAUCAAGAUUUUCAGGUUGUGAAGGAUGCAGUUCUAAGGUGUCUACUAGAUUUUUUACCGAAAGGCGUGAAAAAGGAAAAGAUCACUUUAAGGACCAUGAAAGAUGCUUACGUACAGAAGAUGGUCAAAGUUUGCAAUCAGCAUGAUCGUUGGAGUCUCAUUUCUCUUACAAACAACACUGGGAAGAAUGUAGAGCUAAAAUUUGUGAGUUCACUUAGACGACAAUUUGAAUUUAGUGUCGAUUCCUUUCAAAUUGUCCUGGAUACCAUGUUAGAACUCUAUAGUGAUAAAAAUGCAGUGCUAACAGAAGAAUCCCAUCCUACUGUGGUAGCUGAAAGUGUGUAUGGAGACUUCCAAGAAGCAAUGACACAUUUAAAACAUAAGCUUAUAUUUACCAAAAAACCUGAAGAGAUUAGAGGUGGUGGCCUUCUGAAGUACAGUAACUUGCUUGUUCAUAACUUUAAGCCAGCUUGUGAAGCAGAAAUUAAGACACUAGAACGUUAUAUGUGUUCAAGAUUCUUCGUUGAUUUUCCUGACGUAGCAGAACAGCAAAAAAGGAUCGAAUCAUACCUUCAUAACCAUUUCAUGGGUGAAGAAAAGAACAAGUAUGACUACCUUAUGACCUUAUAUGGAGUUGUGAAUGAAAGCACUGUUUGCCUCAUGGGUCAUGAAAGAAGACAGACUCUCAAUAUGAUUACUCUUAUGGCUUUAAAAGUACUUGGAGAACAAAAUGUUCUUCCCAGCACAGAGAGUGUAACCUGCUAUUAUCAGCCUGCUCCAUACAUUCCUGCUGAGGGUGCAUUCCACGUUUAUUAUGCAACAUCUAGACCACCACCUGUUUUUUUCCAACCAUACCACCCACUGCACAUUCAUGUGCAAAAUGGUAUGGUUUCAAAAAUAUGCAUACAAGGGGAACUUUGCUUUAUGUAA